CACAAACAUUUCGGGGGCAAUGCCCUCAACAAUAUAUAACUGGCUCUGAUCUGGACUCGGCUGUCAGCUUUGUCGUGGGAGGAUUUCAUUUCUGACAAAAUGUGCAUCAGAUAUCUUGGAUUGGUUCUUCUGAUUUGGAUUCCUGCAGCGCUUCAUGCCCAAAGUGCAACACAGCCCUGUAGUGCUCCCAGGCUGGAUGAUGGUUUCUUUUCCCCAAAGCAAGAGACUUAUUCUCAUGGAACAAAGCUGACCUAUACCUGCAAUGAUGGACUUAAACCAACAGUGAAGGGUUGGUGGGUAACAAGCACAUGUCUAAAUGGUGAAUGGUCUCAUAAACCACAAUGUAUAGAUGAAAAAGCUUGCAUUCCACCAGAUAUACCCAAUGCACAAUACAAAAAAAACCUCAGAGGUUGGUAUGAGAACAAUCAACGACUCAGGGUAAGAUGUGACGAAGGAUAUGAACAUAAAGGCAAUGAUGCUACAGCCAUAUGUACAAAUGGAACAUGGUCCUCUGUGCCGGUCUGUGAGAAAAGUAUCGAGGCAUGUGGUGAGCCCCCUAAAAUCCCCCAUGCAGUCAUCAUCCAUCAGGAAUACCAGGAGUUGUUUGCUGCAGAUUCAGAAGUGCAGUAUGAAUGUGAAGAUGGAUAUACUGUAGAGGGAGGAACCAAGGAAUACAUCACUUGCAUGUCAGGAAACUGGACUGAAGGCCCAACGUGCAGAGUCAGACCAGGUCCUGUAAAUGGUGGUUCUGCAGGGGGGGGAACAGGUGGAUCAACUGGCAGUGGGACACAACGUACAGUUGAAGUCAAGAACUGUGGACAGCAGCCCGUAGUUCCUCAUGGUGAUGUUGUGGGAAAUAAUCCAAUGUUUUUGAGGUACCAAUGUGCUGCUUUGUACCAACGAGUGGGUCCAGAGAGAGUGAUUUGUUACAGCAACGGCAUGUGGUCAGAAGUACCCAUCUGCAAAGCCACCUUCUGUUCUGUGGACACUGAUACACAUCCUGAAUUAAUAUCUGAUGGAGUUAAAAUUAUAAAACAUGGUGAGACCGAGAAAUUGAAAUGUGUGCAUCAAGAUCACUGGAGGACACCUCAUUAUUCUGUGGUCCGGUGCACUAAUGGAAUAAUGAGCCGUUCCAGAUGUUGCGAUCGUUGGGACGCAUUCUGGAAUUGUUAAGGCUGUAUCACCAAGAAGAUCUGCUGCCUUCGGAUCUGCUCAGCGACUGAGAACAGCCUGGAAACUUUUCAGAGACAACAAAGAUAUGAUUAUACUGUCACAUACUGUUUGGGUUUUCAAAAUACAUUUCUGUCUUUUCAUGCUGAUUUAUGACUGCCCACAUAAUGUACGAGCAAAUUGUCUGUGCUUAAAGCUGCAAAAAUAACUCAACAAAUAGAGUGUGUAUAUAUGAUAGACAGGCCUUAAUAAAGUCUUUAACUGGAAUUUUAACAGAUUCGUUCUA